AGUUGGGCCUGGAGAUUCUUUAUCUAUGGGCUCUUGGGCUCUUGUUGGCUAUGCUGCUGGUUUUACUCGGUCGGCUCUGCCUCUUCCUCCAGUCAUCGACUGAUAUCACUUUCUCGUCGCCUCUGCAAAACCCAUAAGGAGAGCAGGAAAAAAAAAAAAAAGCCCUUUUCUGAUGGCCUCAGUCCUCUGGAACUGGAAGCAGCAAGAACAUCUGUGGUUGCAACUCCACCAACGCACUGAAGAUUACUGUGCGGAUGAUGGUAACGUUACCUUCGAUAUCUUAAACGGCAACUUUAUUCCCCGGGGAACAAUGUUGUUGCGUGGGAACGUUCGGUAGAAUAACGGGUCUGGUGUAGAAACCCUUUUCAGUUCCGGUGAGUUCUCGAGCCUCUCUGAAGUUGGUGAUUGAAUGCCACAACAACAGCUCCUCCUCGUCCUCUAAUGUCUUCAAAGGUACGGGGUAAAUUUAACCUGAAACGGUUAAAUCGCUCGUUAAUAAACGUAAGUAGAACCAGAAAGAAUGGUGUUCAUUCAUGUUCUAUAUUAUGUGGAUUUCAGGAUCAUUUUUCUCGCUCUUCCAAGAGUUUGGAAUUGGAGAAGAUCAAACCCAACUUCUAUUGGAGAAGAACCUCCUCUCAGAUUUGCGACUUUGGAGUCUGUGCGAAGCCGACUUCGUUAUCUGCAGUUGGCUGGAAUUGAUGGUUUUUCCCUCUGUCGUUUGAUAGCUAAACGCCCCAAAAUACUCACCGCAGAACAAAUUGGAGUGGUCAUCUGUUUUCUAAUGGAUGAUUUGAAAGGGCAGAUCGAACCCGUGACGCUCGAGCGUUUAUUGAACUUUACAGAAAUCCAAUUUUUUGUGGGUUUUGCCGGAAAGGUUGAAUUGCUUUUUAAUCAGGGAAUUGCAAAGGAAGAGAUCCCUCAUGUUCUCAACAAUAUUCAUCUUAAGGUGUUCUGCCAUAAGCCAGCUGAAGAGAUCGAGCGGGCGAUUCUUUACUUGAACCAUUUCGAUGGUGUCGAUUUGAUCGUUCGACGCCCCCCACUUCUUAAUUUGGAUUUGGAAACCCAGCUAAUCCCACGUACCAUGAUUCUCACAGAGCUAAGCGGCGGAGAUCAAAGUGCCACGGGAGCCGUAUUGCGUAAACUCCCAUCUGUCCUAACCUACAGCACGGAGCAUCUACGAAGCCAUGUCGAGGUCUUCAGAUCCUCUGUCGGCUUGACGGACCCUGAAAUCUUCAAGAUCGUUCUUUUAUACCCAAAUGUUUUCAGUGUCAGCAAGGAUAGGAGGCUGCGUCUUCGAGUUGAGUUCCUCAAGCAAUGUGGGUUGAAUUCAGUAUGUUCAGGUUCCUCAUCAAAGCACCACUGUUUCUUAGCUUGUCCUUCAAAGAGAACCUCUCUGUGAAAUUGGGAUUUCCGGUGAAGAUCGGUUAUAAAUAUAGAACGAAGGAGCUAGCUCUGGCGUUGGGGGCAGUCACCAGAACCAGCUUUGAGAAUAUGCAGAAGGUGAUCAUGGUCUUCCUGGCAUAUGGGCUCUCUUACUAUGACUUUCUUGCUAUGAGUAAGAAGCAUCCUCAGAUAUUGCAGUACAAUUACGUGUCAUUAGAGAAGAAAAUGGAAUACUUGAUCGAGGAGAUGGGUCGAGAAAUUGGAGAGUUGUUGGCCUUUCCUGCCUUUCUCGGUUACAAGCUUGAUGGCGGAAUAAAGCACAGGUAUGAGUAGACUCAGUAGAAGAAGAAGCUAAUUGGGAAAGACAUGUCUCCAAACAAACUCUUGAGCGUGUCCACCGAUAGUUUUCAAAGAAGAAGCAGAGGGAGAAUCCAUUGCCCAUUUAAUACAAUUUAAUCGCCGAUGGAGGAUUAGGGAAUUGGGACUCUCUUCUUAUGGGACCUCAUUACUAAUAUUGUUCAUGGAUAACGGAUAUAGGAUUAAAUUUUCUAUUGAUCCUUCUUCCUCUCUCUAAUCUCGUAGAUGACAAUUGGCAACGCGGGCGGCAAAUGUGUUUACAGUUGCCAUGAAUUGGCCCGUGCGCUAGCAUUAAAGGAUUGCCUAGUGCUUGGUGAUCAUCUUCACUAACAAAGUUCCUGUCUUCCCAUUCAA